AGCAGGGAAGUGAGACCAUCAAAGUCAAAAGCUGGUCAGCUGUUAGCUGUCAUCCGCCACAACAACAGUCACUGAUAACCGGUUGUUAAAGCGAGCACCGGACAAAGAAACGCCUCCUACGAAGAUUGAAGUCAGUGGAGAAGCAGCUACACAUCGUUUUCAGGCAGCAUGAACUCCCUCCCAGGAAGAGCCGCUCUGUCCCUAUGCAGACGCUCGGCAGCAGCGGGCGGGAUGAGGGUCCUCUCUGGAUCCCCGGGUCACCCCGCUGCGGGCAUGCCGGCCUCUGUGCAUGCUGUCCGGGUCUGCCACUCCGGGACCAGCAGCAAGGGCAGCGUCACCACCAAGAAGCGGGGAUACGACAUCACUAGAAACCCACACCUCAACAAGGGCAUGGCAUUCACUCUGGAGGAGCGCUUACAGCUGGGCAUCCACGGCCUGCUGCCGCCCUGCUUCCUCUCCCAGGAUGUGCAAGUGCUUCGUGUCAUGAAGAGCUACGAAACCCGCAUCAACCCUCUGGACAAGUACAUCCUGCUGAUGACGCUGCAGGACAGGAACGAGAAGUUGUUCUACAGAGUGCUGACCUCUGACAUCGAGGAGUUCAUGCCCAUCGUCUACACUCCCACCGUGGGUCUGGCCUGCCAGCAGUACGGACUCGCCUUCAGGAGACCUCGAGGACUCUUCAUCACCAUCCAUGAUAAAGGCCACAUCGCCACCGUGCUAAACUCCUGGCCUGAAGAAGACAUUAAGGCCGUUGUGGUGACAGACGGGGAGCGUAUCCUUGGCCUGGGGGACUUGGGAGGUUACGGGAUGGGCAUCCCUGUUGGGAAGCUGGCACUGUACACGGCCUGCGGGGGGGUUCAGCCUCAGCAGUGCCUCCCCGUGCUGCUGGACGUCGGCACCAACAACCAGGCGCUGCUCGAUGACCCUCUGUACAUCGGACUGAAGCACAAGAGGAUCAGAGGAAAGGAAUAUGACGAGCUGGUGGAUGAGUUCAUGCAGGCAGUGACGGACAAGUACGGGAUGAGCUGUCUGAUUCAGUUUGAGGAUUUCGCCAACAGCAACGCCUUCCGCAUCCUGAACAAAUACAGGAACAGAUACUGCACCUUCAACGACGACAUCCAAGGCACGGCCUCAGUAGCUGUCGCUGGGAUCCUAGCUGCCCUGAAGAUCACCAAGAACACACUCUUAGAUCACACCGUGGUUUUCCAGGGUGCCGGAGAGGCUGCUCUGGGUAUUGCUCACCUCCUCAUGAUGGCCAUGGCUAAAGAGGGUGUAAGUAGAGAAGAAGCCGCCAAAAGGAUCUGGAUGGUGGACUCAAAAGGGCUCAUUGUGAAGGGUAGAGGCAACCUGAACCACGAGAAGCAGGAGUUUGCUCACGAUCACCCGCACAUAAAGACCCUGGAGGAGGUGGUGGAAACCGUCAAACCCACCGCCAUCAUCGGAGUGGCAGCUAUCGCGGGAGCAUUUACUGACAAGAUUAUUAAAGACAUGGCGUCCUUCAACGACAGGCCGAUCAUCUUCGCUCUGAGUAAUCCAACCAGCAAGGCCGAGUGCACCGCGGAGCAGUGCUACAACCUCACUGAGGGCCGGGGCAUCUUCGCCAGUGGAAGUCCGUUUGAUAAAGUGACGCUGGCUGACGGACGCAGCUUCAUCCCUGGCCAGGGAAACAACGCCUACGUCUUCCCCGGAGUCGCUUUGGGUGUUAUUGCCUGUGGAGUGCGCCACAUAUCUGACGACAUCUUCCUCACCACAGCAGAGGCGAUAGCCGAGAUGGUGACGGAGGAGAACCUGGCUGAGGGAAGACUCUACCCUCCGCUGAGCACCAUCAGAGAGGUGUCCUUCAAGAUCGCAGUGAAGAUUGUCAACUAUGCAUACAAGAACAACAUCGCUUCUCUGUACCCUGAGCCGAUAGACAAGGAAGCGUUUGUCCUGUCUCACAUCUACAGUCCGGAUUAUGACUCAUUCACUCUGGACAAUUACAGUUGGCCAGAGGAGGCCAUGAAUGUCCAGGACGUGUAAUUUCUGUCUAUCCCUAUCUUUGAAGUCAAUAUGCUACAUUUUUCAAAGUUUCUUUGUCUGAUAAAUGUGUGACUAUUUAUCAUUUCUAAACUUCAAUUUAAAGUUUUAUAAUUUCAGAGAAUAUUACUUUACCUCUUCUUUAAAUGUAAGAGUUUUAUCUCAAAAUAUUACGCACAAUGCUUCCUCUUGUCUCGACAUGAAUCUACAGAGAACCUGUUUGAGAGGCUUAAAAAAAAAAAUGAAACAUUGAACAGAAUCUCUCUGUUCCUCUUCCUGUGUGACCUUUGGACAUCACUGCUCCAUAUUCUGACAAAAAAAGAAAUUGGGCUCGACUCCCUUAGCCGCCACUCUAAUUUUACACUCCCACAUUUUCAAGAGACUGAAGCACUCCACAGUCAGCCUCUAAUGCUGCUUCCCUGCCUCUGCUUCUCUGCGAGAGCCCGUUAAUCUGGAUGGAAAGCACUUCAGUUUUCUUGAAUGUGUUCAGAGAAAGCAUGGAUGGGGAUUAAGUGUCACCUUCAGGAUGUUUUUUGUAUUCAAUGGUGUAUUUCUCCUGUAGUUUUGUACAGAGCCAUAUGCCUGUUGUGGUGUUUUUGCCAAAAGUUAUCUAUGAACUGUAUCUUUUACUGUUUCUUUAACUCCUAGCCAACUUGAUGCUCUGCACGCUUUAUAACCGACAGAUAUGCUUGAAGUUUUUAAAGGGAACAUGAAACUUUUUGAAUAAAAUUGUCAACUAAACAUGA